UCUCUAUUCCAUUCUAUCCCGAUGCAUAUUACUCGUACUACAUACGAAGCAACCAGUCAAUGGCAAAUUGUCUGGCGCAAACGCAAUGAGAGUGGAGAAUUAUGACCCGUCCAUGUGCCAUGCGGUCGCCGCCUCCGACCCGGAUGCUUCCGGGGAAACACCGCCCGCAGUUGAGGUUAGAGCUGCCGACGAUGGCCUCUUUGUGCCACCGUUGAAUUUCGCUAUGGUUGAUUAUGGCGUUUUCCGUUCUGGCUUCCCUGAAUGUUCUAACUUCCCGUUUCUGCAAACCCUAGGCCUCCGUUCAAUCAUAUGUUUGUGCCUUGAGCCAUAUCCUGAGCAGAACGUGGAGUUUCUCAGUUCGAAUCGAAUUCAACUUUUUCAGUUCGGCAUGGAAGGAUCAAAGGAGCCGUUUGUAAACAUUCCGGCAGAUAUGAUCAGGGAAGCACUAAAAAUAGUCCUUGAUGAGAAGAAUCAUCCGCUGCUUAUUCAUUGCAAAAGAGGAAAGCACCGUACAGGUUGUGUGGUGGGAUGUUUGAGAAAAUUACAGAGGUGGUGUCUCACAUCCAUUUUUGAUGAGUACCAAAGGCAUGCAGCUGAAAAGGCAAGGGUUUCAGACUUGCGAUUCAUAGAGUUGUUUGACUUCUCAACCAGCCAAUAACACACCAUUCUUUUCAUGCUCAAAGAGUUGAUGAAAGCGGCAGUUUUGGUCCUUCUAUUUUUCCUUCUUCCGCCUUCCAUGUUCUUUUACAAGAAUAAAAGGGAUCAUGUUUUUGUAAUUCUAACUUUUGAUAUGUUUCGGUGUCUGUUGAUGUUC